CGCGACCUGCAAUUGACCUCAUGGCCUCUUCUCUCUGACCUCGUCUCUCUCCUUACACCAUCUCCCCUCCACGCUCGCUAGCCCAGCAUCUGCACCUGCAUCCGGCGCUUCAAACGUCUCCUACGAGACACGUCCGCGUUGCCCUCAUAGACGUCGACACGCUGUGCUUCGCGUCCUAGGACCCCGAGACACACACCAUGGACUUCAGUCCGGGCAAGACGCUGCAGCAGUCGCUGGUAGAGUCAACAGAAUCACAGCCGGAGCUGGCUCGGAAGCCAACUCUGCUCCCCGCCUUCGACGACGGGGCCUUCUCCUCGUCGCCAUUCCCGCGUCCGCGAUCCUCGAAGCGCAAAUUCGACCAAGACUCUCCCACCUUCCCCAAGCAAGAGCUCAAGUAUUACUAUCCAACACCAGUCCCUACCUCCUCCACGGGCAUACUGCUGUCGUCGUCGCCACGCCACUCUCGACCGGGCUUCGAUCGCCCCGUGUCUGCCCUAUCAGAGCGGACCCCACUAGGGGCCGUACCGACUGUGGACCUUUCAGCAGACGGCACAAUAUGUCGUAUGGGACGUUCAUCGAAUUCUGCUCACUACCAGCUCUCUACCAAUCGCCUUAUCUCACGCGUCCACGUCCAAGCCGCGUAUCACGCGCCAAGCACGUCUUAUCCCCAUGGGUACAUCGAGGUCGAGUGCUUGGGAUGGAAUGGAGCGAAGAUCCACUGCAGAGGGCGUGUAUUCGAGCUGAGCAAGGGCGACACGUACAUGUCGGAGAAUCCAGAGACGGAGAUUAUGUUGGAUGUUCAGGAUACCCGCGUCAUGAUCGCUUGGCCAGCCCUCUCCGCACGGAAGCUGUCGUGGGAUUCGGAAGAGGAGGGCAUGCCUACUCCUACACGCGCACGACCUCAGGACAAUUUUGACUCCAGUCCUCCUAUCGUGCCUCGUUCACCAGUAUCGCAGAGCCCUAUCCGCGCCCCUGUCUUCGCCGGUCUCGGGCUCACCGCCCAGUCAGGACCUGUUCAGGUAUUUGAGGAUGCAGACGCUAAUGCGGAGGGUUCUCAUGUGGAAAGCCCAGACGCAGCUGAAAACACUUUCAUCCACCCUACCGUCCCAAGCUCUAGACCCAGUCAGGAGGCUGAUGCUCUGGACCCCAAAAUGAGUGUAUUGUCCUCCUUCGCUGCGGACGACUUUUCGGACAACGAUGAGGAGAACGACCCUGUUGUACACUCCUUUGGACCAUUCGGCCAGAACCUGCUCAGUGGUCUCGCUUCGUUCAACACUGCCGCUACGCCUACCCAGUCCAAUACUCCACGUCUCCGCGCACCCCUGUUAUCGCCUUCGCCCAAACGGCCAUCCACCGAAUCUAUACGCUUUAGAGAAUCGCCAAUCAAGAACCAUGUCAUCAAUCAGCUAGCAUUCUCUCGUAUCCACUCCCAGCCUCUGUCCGUCAUCCACAGCAACCUUCCCGCUGAACUGAGGGCAUGUGCCGCCAAGAGCACCGAAGGCAAGAACUCGGAUGAUGGUGACUCGACACCAGUCCCUCAGCUCUCAAGAGCGGAUCUCAAAAGGAUCCUGGAUGAAACCCCAUGUGUUGGCGAGAUUCCUCGCGCUGGCAAGGACGCUGCUGGCCAGCCGCUGGAGAAUGAGUUCUAUUAUGUUCCAGAGAUGGACGCCAAUCAGAUGAGGCGAGAGACCAUCACUGCCGGCACGCGCAGCACUGGUCUGCGGUCUGUUAGGAAGACGCACAAGCAAUAUUACUGGAAGAAGCCCCGCGUCUGAGUAGCUCUCGAGUUUCCAACGUACCAACGACCUCCGACAACCCCUAUCGAUAUCUGCAUCGCCGCCGCAGACAUGCCCGAGGCCCUCCUCGCUACAGUAUGAGGUUGUCUUCAGUCACCGUGAACGUCGCCGAAGACAACACCAUAGUUCCAUUUCAACCUUUCCUAGUAUUUUUGCAUUGCAUAGCGAGGCGUAACGAUACCAUUUCACCAGCUUUCUCUCAUACUCCAGAGUCUCGAACUUUCUUCUUCGUUGGAUAUAUGUACUAUCAUCUUUCUCUAGUUGGGCAGGGUUAUGAUGCAUUGUCCCUCUCUGUUGGGCCGAGACGGUGCAUCUGAUUGAUGGAGCU